ACGAAGGUUUAGCCGAAUGGAGAGCGUCCUGGUCGGAUUGGAGCCUCGUCGGAGCUUCGCUACGGAGAUUUGAAACCAACAAGUGUGUUUUGAAGAGGCAGCUUGUUCGCCUUGCUGCAACAUUCUUCACUACAGCACCCCCUGUCAGUCACUUCCAGGUAGACAGUGGGUGGAGGGGUGUUCCACAAGACCCGAACAUGCGGCGGCGUCUGGACCGGAUCCGGAAUUGGAGCCACAGGCGCGAUGACAUCAUGGAGCUGUCGGAGUCGCCCAACACGUCAGACGUGGAAUACAGUGAGGAGGUUGUUUCAGGAAGUCUGUCUGCAUCUCAAGAUGAACCCAAAACAGAUCUGAACGAGGUGAAAGGACACCUGGAGAUCACCUUGUUAGAGAAACACUUCUUACAGGAGGAGCUCAAGAAACUCAGAGAGGAAGAAAAUGGCGUAGAAGCGCUACGACAGGAGCUGGAACGGGAACGUUGCAGGAACAUCGAGCUGGAACAAAAGCUCAAUGACAUCAUCGAUGUCAGACUCGACGAGUUGCCGUCCAGCGAUCCGAAAGCCCCGCCCCCUCGUGACGCCACCACCACGGGAAAUGAGGACGCGUACAGUCGCUUUCAAAGAUGGCUUUACGACCACCUGGGCGUCGACUUUGAUGACUUCCACACGCAGCCUGCAGAAGAGGCGCCCGCGCCGGACGAGCCGCUCAGUGCCAGGAGGCUGACGGAAAACAUGAGGCGGCUCAAGAGAGGAAUGCGGCCCAUCACCAGCUUCCUGCGGGACCUCUCGGCCUUGUCCAGCUGGUACUCCGUCUACACCACGGCCAUCGCCUUCACCGUAUACAUGUACGCUACGUGGCGGGGCUGGACUAUCUCCAUGUUUCUGUUCCUGGCCGUCCUGCGCCUCUCUUUGAACUACCUCAUUGCCAGGGGCUGGAGGAUUCAGUGGAGCAUCGUUCCGGAAGUCUCAGAACCUGUGGAGCCUCCCAGGGAAGACCUGACCGUGUCGGAGAAGUUCCAGCUGGUUCUGCAUGUGGCCCAGAGAGCUCAGAAUAUCUUUGGCAGAAUGGCCGACAUCUUGGAGAAGACAAAGAAUCUCUUCAUGUGGGUGGAGCCUCAGUUGACAAAGAAGCUGUACGUGGCUCUGUGGGUGUCCUUCAUCGCCUCCUGCCUGCUGCCUUACAAACUGCUGGGAUUCAUCAUUGGUGUGUUUGUGGGCAUCAAGUUCUUUAUCAUCAACUUCAUCUUCAAGAGCUGCCCCAAACUCCGCCAGCGCUACGACACGGCGCACAUCGUGUGGACCGGCCUGCCCACGGACCUCCAGAGGAGGGAGCAGGCCAACCCCUCGCCUGGCAGACGGCUGCCUGAGUGUGAACAGGCUCCUGGCAGUGGAGACGAUGGAGGAGGAGGAAGUCGAUGCUACAGCACCAAGCGAGGAGCCUUCCACGAGGUCUUCAAUGUACCCGAGAGAGAGCGCCCCCUAGCGGUAUGCGAGAACGGUUGGCGCUGCUGUCUCAUCAACCGUGACAAGAAGACGCCCGCAGACUACAUCCGGAACGGCGUCCUCUACGUCACUGACAACUACUUGUGCUUCGAGUGUUCCCGCUCAUCUUCGUCCAAGAGGGACAAAGUCAUCAAACUGCUGGACAUCACAGAAAUGCAGAAGUACAAAGUGUUGUCCAUGUUACCCGGCUUUGGGAUGGGCAUCUCCAUAGCGACGCCAUUCACUCAGAAGCCGAUGGUGUUUGGAGCCAUGACCAACAGGGACGAAGUCUUCGACGCCAUCUCAGCCCAGCGCAGUCAGGUUGUUGCCAUGGAGAUGGCCGCCAGCCCUGAGACCUCAUAAGUCGUCUUCUUCCUCUUCCAAACACGCUAAAAUGUGCUGUGUUCAUUGAAUAUCAAACAAAACAAAAAAAGGUACUUUGUGGGACACAAAAGUCGUGUAUCAAUGUUACGCUCUUUUACAGCCUUUAAACUUCUUAUUCUCCUUUUGAUGUAAUGUUUUUACUGCGGCUUGUCUCCACCAUAAUUUGCCUUUUUGUCUCUCCUCGAGUCUUUUAAGUCUAUUUAAGUCUUCUUGGUUUUUUUUGUAAUAUUGUGUGGUUGUACAAAUGGUGUAAAAUUUGUUAAAAUGAAAUGUAUUUUUAUAAGUACAAUGGAUCUUUUGAACACUUG